CUGAAAAAAAAAAAAAAAACAUGGCGACGCCCGUAAGAGCAGCUCGGCUGUGUCGACUGGCAGGACGGACUGUCACCUGCGUGUCAGUCGCGCGCAGUCUGCCCGCGAGGAGAUGCUACAUUUCGGCCUCGACGGGGAACAAUUUUGAGUUCAGGCUCGAUGAGCUGACGGCUCACAGCAGUCUGGACCUCUUCAAGAAAAACACUGCCGUCAUCUACCGCAUGCUGGGUCUGGACCCCAGCCACGUGCAAAACAACCCGGAGCGCUUCCGAGACUGGGCCGUCGUGUUCGGCGACGAGAAGAUCAGCGGCGGACGUCACUACUGGGAGGUGACGGUCAAAAAGUCCCAAGAGUUUCGUCUGGGUGUGGCCGAGGCGCUGAUGUCCAGAGAGGACUGCGUGGGCACCAACAGGUCCUCCUGGGUAUUUGGCUACGCUCAGCGCAAGUGGUUUGCUAUGACCGGCAACAAGAUGGUUCCCGUGGCGCAGGUGGGCAAGCCGGACCGCAUCGGCAUCCGGCUCGACUACGAAGCGGGCGUUCUGGAGCUGAUGGACAUCGAAAAACACACAAUCAUUCACACCAUCAGGGCCCAGUUCAAGAAUCCCCUCUGCCCCGCAUUUGGACUUUGGGACGGGGAGCUGCUCACACACUCUGGUCUGGAGGAGCCGGAAGGCCUAAAGUGAAGCAGGCUGGACUGGGUUCGUGAUGGUGAUGGUGGGAUUGAGCUUGGCACAGUGGCAACGUUUAUCACAAGAGGAAAGAAUGCAAUAUCCAUGUCAGACUCAUUUUCAGCGUAUUACAGGCGAUGGUACAUUUUUCACAGUCCAGUUGGUUCAUAAUGACGCUUAACAAUGCAAGUUCAUACUUUUGUGUAUGUCAUCCAGCCUCAUGCAAUCACGUGUGUGUGUGUGUGUGUGUGUGUGUGUGUGUGUGUGUGUGUGUGUGUGUGUGUGUGUGUGUGUGUGUGUGUGUGUGUGUGUGUGUGUGUGUGUGUGUGUGUGUGUGUGUGUGUGUGUGUGUGUGUGUGUGUGUGUGUGUGUGUGUGUGUGUGUGUGUGUGUGUGUGUGUGUGUGUGUGUGUGUGUGUGUGUGUGUGUGUGUGUGUGUGUGUGUGUGUGUGUGUGUGUGUGUGUGUGUGUGUGUGUGUGUGUGUGUGUGUGUGUGUGUGUGAGUGAGUGAGAGAGAGAGAGUGUUUAUUAGCUCUCAAACUAACUGACAUGAAAAGGAUGUGUUUUGAGAGGAACCUUAACUGUCAAGUUGUUUUUAAUGCUGUGUUCUGAUAUUACACAGUUGCAAAGCUUUUUCCAUGCUCCUGCUGUAUAUUGUUUGAUAAAAUAAUUUCACUGAAACUGCUUUUUAUUUUUCUCUUUUAUUUACACCGGGAUGAUACAUAUUUACAGUGACAGACUAAAGUACUGUUUAGGAAUCAUUUCACCGAGUUAAAAUGAAAUAAAACACAAUUAAUAAAAUGCAAUCAUUCGAGAUGGAAGAAUAU